CUCUAGCUUUCCGAAUCUCUUAGAUCGGAUUUACCGGCGAAUUCGCCGGAAACCUACAGGCGGGAUGCCAGGACCAGGUCCACACAUGAUGUAUGCUCUAGGGACAGGUCAAGCUCUGACGAGCGUGUCUAAUGGCAGAUUCAGCCCUCAUCACUGCAUCAUCUAUGCACUCAACGCGUUUUUCGGUCCCGACAUCGGGUCGUUCGCCGAGUGGCUGACAUCUACUGUUGGUUUGGGUGGUGUGCUCGGAUCCUCCGUCGAAAAGUUCAUCCACGAUCCUCUCUGUUACGUCUUGAUCCUCGGAGUUCCUCUUUCUUUACUCUACACUCGUGCUUCUCGAUUUUUCGUCUCCAAGGGCUAUCUUGAUUCCGUCUCUGGGGUGGCCCUUACGGUGAAGCAAUGUUUUUUGCUCAUAACAGCUGGUUCUUUAUCUCACUUCUUCUUAGAUCACCUGUUUGAGGAAAACGGUCACUCAACCAUGUACACUUGGAUAUUGAGUACUGGUUGGUGGAAAGGUCGUGCUCCUGUCAAUCCAGACGCCGUUGCUGUAAUUGGGUUGUUAUGUACUUGCUUGAUCGUUGGUUUCAUUCGCAUCAACAGGAUAAAACCCGUAAAAUCUAUCAGAAAACAAUCGAUUAACUCUGCAAUGCUGCUUCUAGUAAUUGCUAGCUUGUACUGCUUAUGGUGCACAAGCCAAAUCUACUUGGUGAAUCCCCGGAGACCAGCCGUUGGUGAAGAAGCGGAUCUUGGAGUCAUCGUGUUUCUAGCGGUUUAUUUCUUCUUUCCACACUCGUUAUGCAUUAUGUCCAUGAACCCGCCUGAACGCCUCCCUCUUUAGCCAACUGCUUAAGAGUUAUCAGAGUGCUGACUCAUAGCAGCCGAAGAUUUCCUAGUUCUACUGCAGAGACACUAUUCACAUGUGAAUAUACUUUGAGGAUCCAUGCUUUUAGCAAUAUCAUUCACAAAUGCAUGAAAACAAGAUUGUAAUCCGAUACAUGAAUUUUUGAAAUUGAGAGAGAAAUUCACU